UACCCACACUGCCAUUUGCGGCCGCGGCUGUCAAUCACCAGGCUCCAGCCAGUAAUUACUCCCCGACGCCCAGUGAUUUUCAAUGAUCACCAACGGGAAAGGGGACUGUUUUGUUUACUAAUAGUCCUCCUCCCUGUCAGCUCAGGCACACUGCUCUGGAUGGCUAGCAGUGUGCUUACAGUGAAAAACACACACACACCGCCUCCUAGAAAACACUCCCUGCACAUAGUUAACCCUUUGAUCAUGUUAACCCCUUUGUGCCCAGUGCCAUUAGCACAGUGUCAGUGCUUUUUUUUUUUUAGCACUGAUCACUGUAUUGGUGUCACUGGGGAUGUCAGUGACACCAAGUCAAUUCCCCCAGUGUCAGAAUGUCCACCGCAGUCCCGCUAUAAGUCGUUG